CUGAUGAAAACACGCGUUCUGCCUUUCUUAUAAGCCAUUGGAAUGCUUCAACGCUACGGUCACCUAAGGUCAAAAGCUCCAAAACUGCUCCGAUCGGCUAAAUUUUGUAUUGUGCUGCUAUAUCUACGUACUGUAUCUAUGUGCUAAGUAAACAACCACUGUUCACAAAUCAUCUAGCAAGUUCACAUACCAUAUCUUCACAGAAAACCCUGUUCUCACAGCUCAGGCAAGCAACUUCUAGAUCAUCAUGGAAACUCUUUGCAACAAUUUUCCCUCAAAACUGACAUUUGGCCACGACGCCAAACGCACCCUGCUUGUGGGUGCCUUUGCUCUAGGAACUUACCAAGGGGUGAAAUUAACAGGGAACUUUCUGGCUGGAGUAUGGAAACAUUUGCUCAGACCUGGUUACGACCUCAAAAAGAGAUACGCGAGCGAUAGUAGUGAGUGCUGGGCAGUGGUGACUGGUGCUGCGAUGGGCAUUGGGAAAGAGUAUGCUAAGCAACUGGGCAGGAGGGGAUUCAACAUCCUGGCCAUAGACAAGGACGAGAGUGAGAUGGAGAAGACCCAGGCAGAACUGAGCAGACUCGGAAUCAAGGUGAAAACUAUAAUCUGGGACUUUGGCAAAAUCUCCAAUGCUGAGAGCUACGAGGCGUUCGAGAAGGAGCUUAAAAACGCCACUAAUGGACUAGACAUCGGAAUUCUGGUGAAUAAUGCUGCCGAGUUCCAGCAGGAGUCUCUGGACAUGAUAUCUGUGGAUCGUCUAUUCCGAGCAUCCAGUGUGAACUCACUCACUCCAGCUCUACUGGCCCGAUACUUCAUCCCUAAGAUGCUAGCCAGAUACAACAAUGGACUGAAGUCUGCCAUUAUCAACGUGGGAACAAAUGCAGCCGAGAUCCAGAACCCUAGAUACAAGUUCGCUGUAUACGGAGCCUCGAAAGCAUACUUGCACAUUCUCAGCAGUGGAAUGAGAGAAGUGUGGGGUGACAAGAUAGACAUCAUGACUGCCAUUCCUAGACAGACCAAAACACCCAUGUGUCCCGUGGACUACUGCUUCACAGCCACUCCUAGGGCACAUGUGAAUGCUAUCCUGUCUCAACUAGGUCACGAGAGCGAAACCUACGGGACCAUGACUCAUGAUAUAGAAUACUAUAUGAGGUUCGGCAUGUUCGGUGGCUUUGUGAUUGACAACAUGAUUCAAUGGCUGAAUGAAGGAGAAAGCAAGAAACUGAUCAGUGCUUACGAGAGACGAAUGUCAUAAAAACAGACUAGAAUAAAAAACCGUGGAUUCAGAAAAUCAAAACAAUCGAACACAAUCAAAUGAUAUAAAAUAUUUGUCCGGGCUUUCAACAUGGAACUGGAAAUACUUGGAAAAAACUAGCUUUAAAUUAUUUCAAACAGCUAAUUUCAAACUUCUUAUAUAUAUUUUCUCGAAAUACUUCUAAAUCUGCUGGAUGAAAACUAAAAUUAAUCAACCUUCAGCUAAGAACCCAGAAGAGCUUCGAAAUACCCCACAUCCGAAAUAAGCUUUUCGGGCAUAUUUAUAUAAAAAAAUCUUAUCAUUGCAUGAAACAGCUUAAGAAUUGCUGUAUUUGGGAUGAGAGGCAAAUUAAAUUUUGAUAUGCUCAAUCUGAUGGUCUCAUAUUUGACGAUAAAUUUAAG